AUGUCCUUGCACAUCCCGCCUGGCCUCCAGCUCAUGGUGCAGAAGGGCGUGGGUUUUCCACAGGUCUCGUGUCAGCCCCAUCUAGGUGUCCUGGAUAACAUACGGCAUCUCAAACGCCACCAGACAACCUACAUUCAAGCAAGUGAAGCCUGGCUUUCAGACAGGAAGAAAAGAGCUUUACAGAAGAAAGAUGUGGAUAUCCGUAGAAGAAUUGAGCUUAUUCAAGACUUUGAAAUGCCCACAGUUAGCACAAAGAUUAAGGUAUCGAGAGAUGGACAGUAUAUUAUGGCAGUUGGAACUUAUAAGCCAAGGAUCCGCUGUUUUGAUACCUAUCAGUUAUCCCAGAAAUUUGAAAGAUGCUUAGAUUCUGAAGUGGUUACGUUUGAGAUUUUAUCAGAUGAUUACUCAAAGAUUGUCUUCUUGCAGUGUGACAGAUUUGUGGAGUUUCAUUCGCAACACGGCCAUUACUACAGGACAAGAAUACCAAAAUUUGGUAGAGAUUUUUCUUAUCACUAUCCAUCGUGUGACCUGUAUUUUGUAGGAGCAAGUUCUGAAGUAUACAGGCUAAAUCUGGAACAAGGAAGGUUUCUCAACUCCCUGCAAACUGACGCUUCAGAGAGUAAUGUCUGUGACAUAAAUCCUGUACACUUCUUGUUUGCUAUGGGGACAGUUGAGGGUAAAGUGGAAUGCUGGGAUCCUAGAACUAGAAAUCGAGUUGGGCUGUUGGACUGUGCCUUAAGCAGUGUGACAGCAGACACAGAGAUAGAUGGUUUACCAUCCAUUUCAGCACUGAAAUUUGAUGGGGCUUUGAAUAUGGCUGUUGGAACAUCUACUGGGCAGGUUUUAUUAUAUGAUCUUCGGUCUAGUAAUCCAUUAAUAGUCAAAGAUCACCACUAUGGCCUGCCUAUUAAGUCAAUUCAGUUUCAGCGUCAGUUGGAUUUAAUUAUCUCUGCAGAUUCUCGAAUCAUAAAAAUGUGGAACAAAGAUACGGGGAAGAUAUUUACUUCGAUGGAGCCAGAAUAUGAUAUCAAUGAUGUCUGCCUGUAUCCAAAUUCAGGAAUGCUAAUGACUGCCAAUGAAGCCCCUAAAAUGAAUAUCUAUUAUAUACCAGUUUUAGGACCUGCCCCAAAAUGGUGUUCCUUCUUGGACAAUUUGACUGAAGAACUGGAAGAGAAUCCAGAGAGCACAGUUUAUGAUGAUUACAAAUUCGUUACCAGAAAAGACCUUGAAAAUUUAGGCCUUGCUCAUCUCAUUGGAUCAUCAUUGCUCAGAGCAUAUAUGCAUGGCUUUUUCAUGGACAUAAGACUUUAUCAUAAGGCAAAAAUGAUGGCCAACCCCUUUGCCUAUGAAGAAUACAGAAGAGAGAAAAUAAGGCAGAAGAUAGAAGAAACACGUGCACAGAGAGUUCAACUAAAGAAACUUCCAAAAGUCAAUAAAGAGCUUGCACUUAAACUGAUUGAAGAAGAAGGAGAAGAGCAACAGCUUACUAGAAAAAGGAAACAGAAGAAUCUGCCUAACCUUCUCAAAGAUGAUCGUUUUAAGGUCAUGUUUGAGAAUCCAGAUUUCCAGGUGGAUGAGCAGAGUGAAGAAUUUAGGCUACUUAACCCCCUUGUUUCUAAAAUAAGUGAGAAAAGAAAGAGGAAACUAAAGAUCUUAGAGGAACUGGAAGCACAAGAACAGGAAGAGGAGGAAGAACCAGAAGGAAAAGCAAGUGAUGCAGAAAGUUCUGAGAGUUCAGAUGAUGAAAAAGGCUGGGUUGAAGAGGUCAGGAAACAGCGCAAGCUUCUACGCCAAGAGGAAAAAGUAAAGCGGCAGGAAAGGUUCAAGGAGGAUCAGCAAACAUUACUGAAACCUCAGUUUUUUGAGAUUAAAGAAGGAGAGGAAUUCAGAAGCUUCAAAGACUCUGCCAAAAAACAAAAAUUAAUGAAGAAAACUCUUGGAGAUCGUUUAAAGCUUGAAGAAAAACUUGGCACACUCAAUGUGUCUGAUACCACAGUAGGCAGCAAACAGGCAACAUUCAAAUUAAAGAAGUCAGAGCAGCAGAAGAAACAGCAAGAAGCUGAGAAACAACAUCGUCAAGAGAGGAAAACUCUUAGGCGUUCUGCUAGUCAUCUCAAGAGCAAACGUGGAAGAGGACGACUGUUUCGUUGAUUUAUUUUAUGUUUUUUUUAAGUAACUUCUUUUAUCUCAUUUUUUGUUUGAAAAAGGGACUUUUCCAAAUUGGGACACAGUACCAAUGUAUUUGUAUUUUGAUUCAUUGAUGAACACAAAAACCAGAACUUGCUAAACCCUGUGUUAAUUAUUGAAAAGUUUAUGAAAGUAGAAGUAUUGACCAAAGGACACUACAAGUAUGGUGUGUUAUAAACUCCAGCGUGAACUGUAUUUGUGCAGAAAUCACCAGCAACUGGUUAUUGUGUAACCCUGGAUGUUUUCUAUAUAAGAAUUUAUGUAUACAACGAGGCUGCCUGUCUUUUAUUUAACUUAAGAGCUGUGGGUUUUUGCUGUCCGAAAUCUUUAUUUGUGACUGCUUAGAUAGAAGAUCAAGGGUACGUUAUUUUGUCUAAAAACUUGUCUUUACAAGGGCACAACAAAUUUUUAUGGUUCUUGAAGGAUGACACACAAUGGUGUUUUUCAAGAACUGACUGGCUUUAUAUUCUUGGGUUGCCUUAGUAGCCAGGAGGAGGUACAAAUGGUUUUCAUGAGGGCAAUUGAGAAUGCCUGAUUUAGGUUCCUCUAAGUCACUCUGUAAGGAAACCUCUCUUGCCACACCGAUAUAUAAAGGGGAAUCUCGGAAGGAUAGUCUUACUGAGUUAAAUUUUGUGAAUAUUGCCUUUACUCAGAAUCGUUAGGACCAGGUUUAAUAUGUUUUGGUAAGCCAGCCAUGGUUCAACAGAGAUCAAGUGGUAUAUGGUCACAUAACAAGCACAUUAAGGCCAUGCCAAUAGCCUCCUAUUCUUCAGAAAGUUAGUUUAGUUAAAUAACUUAAGAAACUACAACCUACGUUAAGGAAAUGAUUGAUUCUUUUCUGUGUCGUCUUUUUGAUUCCCAGCAGAGUGGUUGUUGCUAACCAGGAUGCAGCAUCUCUUCUUGAUUUUUGUCUUGCAAACCCAUCAUUUACAUAAGUAGUUCACUACUUAAGCAAAGAAAUUAAUUUUUACCUUUGAUCCUAAAGGACCUUUGUUUACUGCUUUUUAAAAGGCUUUAUAAAUUGUCUUUUUGCUAAAUCCAAGAAACUGUGAACUUUGGAUCCAACAAGAAUCAGUGACUCUCCCCAUCACUGUAAGUCCUUUUAAGAGACUUGGAGGUUCUUAAGUGUUUUGCUUUAUAGACCAGAGAGGUUGUUAAUCUGGUCAGGUCUCCUGGAUAGUAUUUACCACAGAAUUUUUGCAGUUACUUCAGUAAAAACCUUGGUUUCUCAUAGCCUGAUGUUUUUGUUGUUUUUUUUAACGUGGUAGAA